GGCUUCGUGGCUCAUUGAAUCGAUCAGCCGCCGUUCGCUGGUCGAUAACCGCGCAGUGAGGCUGAGAUGUCGCGUUUGUGGGCCACGCUGGCGGCGGUGGUGGUGCUGCUCGGCUCGGAGGCUGCCGGUAAAACGGUGACGGGACUUCUGAGGAGCGACGCGGCGCGACGGCAGAGCGGCCAGUUCAUCGCUAAAUUCAUGUUCCAAGGUGGCAGCGGCCUGCUGGUGUGUCGGCUCGACAACUCGGCUCUGGCUGCAGAGAAGGAGUCCCGACUGCUGCUGUACCAGGACAUGGACUCGGACCUGGACAACCUGAGCUGCUCCGACAGGCUCACUAAAGCCCAUUUCACCGUGUCUCUGAGCCAAGAAGAACACAACCAGACGAUCCCCCGCCAGCCGUCGCCCACGGCCUGGCAGGUCCUGUACGCCGACAGAUACACCUGUCAGGACAACGCAGUGAUUCCCUCUCACGCUGAUCUCACCUUCACCGUCCUGCUGCUCAACGCCGACUCCGCCGGAAACCCUCUGGAGCACUUCAGUGCAGAGGAGGCAGGGCUGCACAGUUUCUACUUCCUGCUGCUGCUGGCCUACUUCAUCGCCGGCUGCAUCUACGUCCAGCCGCUGUACCAGGCUCUGAGGAAAGGGGGACCGAUGCACACCGUCCUCAAAGUCCUGACCACGGCGCUGGCGCUGCAGGGCUGCUCGGCCCUCUGCAACUACAUCCACCUGGCCAGGUAUUCCAGAGACGGCGUCGGCCUCCCCCUGAUGGGCAGCCUGGCAGAGUUCUGGGACAUGGUGUCCCAGGUGUCCAUGCUCUACAUGCUGCUGAGUCUCUGCAUGGGCUGGACCCUGAGCCGGGGCAGGAAGCCUCAGUCCAGACCUCUGCAGUGGGAGCAGUCUCCGGCCUCCACGGCCGUCGCUGUCGGCGGAGUCAUCGCGCAGGGAGUGCUGCUGCUGUGGGAGCAGUAUUCAGAGUCGGAGAGCGAACAUCACAGCUUCCACGCCCAGCAGAGCCUGGCCGGCCUCCUCCUCAUGGCUCUGAGAGUGGGCCUGGCCCUGCUGCUGGCCUCCAUCCUCUACCAGAUCAUCUCCACCGAGAGGAGCACCCUGAAGAGGGACUUCUACCUCAGCUUCGCCAAGGUAAGCCCACGGAGCUCUGACGCCUCCACACGGCAGCUGCUCAGGUGGUCACGUGCUGCUGCUUUGCUCUGUGCAGGGAUGCUUCCUGUGGUUCCUGUGCCACCCCGUCCUCAUCCUCACGUCUGCCAUCUUCAACGAGCACCAGAGAGAGAAGGUGGUGACGAUCGGCGUGAUCCUGUGCCAGUCCAUCUCCAUGGUGAUCCUCUACCAGCUCUUCCUGUCCCGCUCUCUGUACUGGGAGGUGUCCUCUCUGUCCUCCGUGUCCCUGCCGCUCACCAUGUCCAGGAGCAACCACAGGGGGCGCUACUGAGCACCGAGGACCUCCUGUGACGCUGCAGGGACGCUUCUCCUGCGACAGCCAGAGGGCGACGCUUACAGCAACAUCCUACCUCCAGCUGCAAACGGUGAGCGGGACCGGGAGCCGGUUUGACGCAGGACGGACGCGGAUCCGAAUGAAGACAGAUGCUUCACGACGUCAGGAAGCAGCGGUUCAGUUAGAUUCACGACGUGGAGCUUCAGCAGGGAUUGAAGUGAGCCGGGGCAAAGCUGCUCCGUUUGCCAAAGAGACGCUUCGUAAGAUGGAACAACUGUGACUGGAGGCUGGAGGUGAUCCAUGACCUCACGCUGUCGGCAAACUCCAUGAAAAGGCCAAAACCAAGAACACGCUGCUUUCUGAACGACCUCCAGCUUCUGCUAUUCAGCAGUCGUUGGUCUGGGACUGCUUUCAGCUGCGAAGGAACACACAUGUCCUCGUGUGGGACUGAGCGCUCGUCAUUAUGUUGUUGAUAGUUUUCGUUGGACUUGGGGCUCUGAGUCCACAGCAGGUUGUUGGUUUUGUUCUUGGUGGUUUCAGAUGACGAUGGACUUAUCUGGCCUUUGACCACGAGCCAAAAAAAGUCGCUUCACACGCGAGCUGUGCGUUGAGUUGUUUCUCUGGGGAUUUAUUUAUGAGCAGACUUUGCUGAACCUUUGACCUCUUGCAUCCUGUAGCUGAAAACAUACUGCAUGACUUAUUUUUUUAAUCUCUGAAAGGAAAAUCAGGAGGAACCGAAGUCGACGAUGGCUGAAUCCCACCGUGUAAAUACAUUCCAAGCCUUCAGUGGUGGCGUACCGGAGCCCAGAGGGACGCUGACGCAGUUCAGAUGAUGAAAACACGAACACGGGAGUCCCACGUGAACUGACGGCUCAUAUAUUUAUUCAAUUAUUUAUUUUUCCGAGUGAAUACUUGGAGAGCAGCACACUACAAACAUCAAGGGUUUUGUACAGCUUCAUGUCUGACUUCAGUGUUUCAAUAUUCACGUCCACUUACUUCCUCGUGCAGCAGGUAAUAAAGAUUGAAAACAAACCUGAUGGAAGACGGCUAUGAUUGGUUAUCAUGUGAUCAAAGCCUCUGCACUGUUUGACUUCAUGCAGCUUUAUUGGCUGAUGGUGAAACGUGGGUGAAAGCUUUAAAGAAAGCAGCCAGUUCGUGGGCUUUGAGUUGUCCUGAGGAGUUCGUUUUAACCCUCUGAACUCUGAGCACCUUCUACUUUUGACUGUGAGCUCUUAAUCACUCCAACAUGAAGUCCUGCACCUCCACGGACAGCAUGCAGCGUGACACCGUCAACUCAGGAAGAUGGGACAAAAAACACCGUUUUUAUUUCAUUAUUUAUGGAACAAAAAUCGAUAAAACCUGGAAUCAGCAUGUAGUCGUUUCAUUUUGAUAUUUUGCGACUUAUAUUUUAAGUUCCCUGAUUUUCUGUCAUCGCUCGUGGCUUCACAGCAGCACCAAAGAGCACACAGUCAGUUAGUAAAUAAGAAUAACAUCAUUUUAAUGAAGUAUCACAGUUCUGAGCGUCGGUUUGGUCCGUUUUCCCACCUGACCCAUACGUGACGACUUCAACAACUGUUUUGCGGUUUGUUUCGAUGGUAAAUCGCGCCAUUUCACCUGUAGAUUUUGGGGAUCAGAGGGUUAAAAACUGAUUCUCUCAGAUGGAUUGUUCAUGUUUCAGAACCAGCAGCCGGCGCGUGCUCGUACAAAACAUGGACCCGCCUUGGUGAACGUUGCUCAGCAGCACCGACAGCGGUCCAGAACUCCACAGGUCAAAAAUGCACUUUGAUGCUCAGCAGUUUGAGGACACAACGAUUCGCUGGACCCCACAGCUUACCCAAGGUGCACACGAGAGUUGAAUGUGCUGGAACCUUGUGAGAAAGAACGAUGCUGAGCCACUGGCAGGACACGAACGAUGAAACGCCGUCAGCUCCACGUCAUACCGGAGCAUCGGCCCCCGUGGACGGCUUCUUGGUUUUAUUCUUUCCCACAGUGACAAUCCUGUGAAUGCAUGUUUGCCCUUAAACUGCUCGACACAGUUGCGGUUUAACGACUUUUUUUUAAUGUACAAUGUUCACAUCUCACACUUGAGUUGCAUAUUAUUGUUUUUUUUUUAUAACCUGUGGAAAUGUGAUGAGGCCGGCUGUAGGAGUUGUAAUAAAAUGCAUUUCACAGAAGAAAACUAGCAAAA